AUGGCUCUCAGGGGCAAGAGGAGCAGGGUGGGAGAGGGCUGUAGGUGGUCGGAGGAACGGAGUCCCGAGGGACAGAAAGCACGGGUGGAGUUUCCUUCAGUUUAGGAUUUUGUUUAUUCAUUAUUACGAUUUGGUGGAUGGGGGAGGAAGCUGUAAACGUUCUUGCGACUGCAAACUUCAUGCUAACUUCAUAUGUUAGGCAGGGGAUUGUGGCACACGUGUGAUGGAUCCGCUUUUCUGUUUGAAGCCCAGGAAUGCGUGUUCAGGCACUUACAUCACACGUGUCCCUCUGUCCUAUAUCUGUUUCCCGGGAAGUAAGACCUGUUCAGUAUGGGGGGAUUUACUCUCGGGUAACGAUGCAUUUGCACCUUUGCGAAUCCGAGUAGCCUUUUCGUUAUGGUUGCAUUCAUCUUCAGCACCACUUAAGAAUACAACCACUGGAAUGAAUGGGACUUAAACUAAGAGUGGAGAGUGUCCACAAAAGCUUAUGCCAGAAUAAAUCAGUUUGUUAGACUCUUCAUUGCUUUUGUUGCAAUGGAAUGCUGCUCUUCUAGAAAUUGGAUAUAAACCUUUCUUUCCCUGCUGAGCAUUGGAUCCAUAUUAGCCUUGCAGUGCAACCAUCAAAGAGUUUUAUUAUGACACCUUAAAAACAUACAAUAUUUGUUUUGGUCUAUGCUUCUUUGAUCUGUAACCAGCUUCAUCAGAUAACUCUAGUACACAAAAACAUGGAAUAUAUUUGUUAGCCUUUUAGACACUGGAAGACUCAUAGUUACUUUUUUAAAUAGAAAACUUAUAAACUCAGCCCAUAAGACAUGGAUGCUAGAAGAAAAUAUGACUUGCUUUUCAGGUUAGCUAGCUUUCAGUUGCAGUUUUGGGAUGGAUGGGAGAGGAGGGAUUGAUCUCUGGAGACACUAAAUCACAUGACACAUUAGUUGGUCAAAAAUGCUUCAAAGUGAGUUUAAAGGUGGACGAUAUUUAGUGCUACCCGGAGAUAAAAAGGGAUCUUCUUUAUUGAUAAAAAUACUUCCCAAGCCAGAAACAGCAGCUGCCUUUCAUAUAACAGUGGCUUUUCAGAGUGGUGUGGGUAAGAUAUUUAAAUAUAAACUCUGAUUGCUACAAGAAUGAAGUGCAAGGCUGUAGUUGAACUUAAUUUGGUUUGUUUUCCCUCUUUGUUAUUUUCAAUUACUAAUCUUUUCUUAGUUAUAGUUCAGUUCCACAAUAUAUAUUCUUUAUCUCUUUCCUUUUCUAUCAUGGACUCAGUGAAUCCAGUCACAUGAUGACUGACUUAAACAACCCAUGGCAUGUGCUGGGCAUAUUUGACUAAUUACUCAUCUGGGCACAGCUUGUUGUGGGGUGGCAUGGGUUAUUGAAAGGUUCUUUCAGCCUUCAACAAGCCAACAGUAGGCCGUGGCUUUUUGGAGGAUCAUUUGCCUUGGCUUGCCUGAGAACAUGAUUAGGCAAAUUGCAUUUGGCAUAUGCCACAGUAAACAAGCCACUGUGGUUUGUGCAGUCUUGCUGUACAUGUUUGCCAUGGCUCAUUCACCUGGUCUAUAGCUACCUAAACCCUUUUUAGGCCUUUUUAGGCCAACACAAGCUUUAGACAGUUCUGACACUGACAUUCAAAAUCACAUUUUAGUUUGUCUCCGAUUAUUUGUGUCUUGUGAAUGUUGUUCAUGUUGCAAUGCAGAAGUGAAAUCAAAUGCCUAUUCUAGGCCAUCCAGACCUUUACCUUCACAUUCUAGUUUGAUUUAAGUCCAAACCCAUAUAAGUUAAGAAGAAAUGAAUGACGCUUGAAAGUAAUUUGUGAUGAUGCCACAAAGAUAAAUUGAAGGCUUUUAAAACUGCAUUUCUACUUGAAUUGCAAGUGUUUUCCAUUAAAAUUGGUCUGAAGUUUCUGGGAUUAAAGUGGGAGGCAGAGGACAAAGCUCUAAAGCCAAAAAUGGGGGGGGGGGGGCACAAUAUCCAGUUGCUCAUGUUGGUGCUUGCUGGAUAGCAGUGGUAGAACUCUGCUGCAGUUAUGUCAGCAGUGCCUCUAUGUACUUGCUCUGAUUCUGAGAAUAGAAUCUGUGGGUGAAAAGAAGCCAGUUGAGGCUCAGCAGCUCAGAUGCAAUCAACAUGCACAGCACACUAUGCAACUCAGGUGUAAUGUGCAGUUGCUGCCAGUGCUGCAGGUCACCCAACUGAUAAGAAGAAAGCAUCAGGGUUGAUGACACAUUGCUCUCAACAAUGAUUGGCACUGGCUUCUGGCAGCUCUGAUUACAACAAAACAGGGAAGGCUUUAUGAGGAGUCCCACUCAUGACCGGGGAGAGAAGGAGCUUGGUGGUAGAGCAUUUGGCCCAUGCCCCAGGUUCAAUCCUUGACAUCUCCUGAUAGGGUUGGUAAAACUGCUCUGACAUCCCAGGCAGUAUCAGCUAUUCUAAGGUGUCCUGCCUUAUAAGACCAUGGACUAUCUUUUGAAUCGUGACUCAGGUUUAGAAGGACAUAGUUUUAUGUAUCAAGCACAAGAGAAAGGUGACUAGGAAUGAAUCCAAAAAUAAAACUUUAUGGCAAAGUUGAAUGCCCACAACCAUCACAAGUACACCUGCUUGGUCAUAUUCAUGUUCGCAACUUGGGUACUCAUUUCUGUGCCAUUCAUUGCUGGGAGUUAAGCUUGGGGCAUCUCUGAGUCUGGGCAUCCUUUUACCUCCUGUGAUGAGCAGGAUCCAAUAAACUAAUAACAUCUCUUUAAACCAAUCACUUCGUUUUCUAAGCAAAAUUGCUUAGUAAACUUCAGUUUUACUUUAAAGCUGAUGCAGUCGUCUAAUCUCGACACAACAGCAGGACGCAUGACAUCUGUUUAGCAAGCUAUGCAUGAGAGAUAAGGUUAUGGAACGGUGUGCUCUGCUGCAUAUGGAGGAGCGCCAAACAAGGGACUUUAUGUCUGUUUAGUCACAUCUGAGAGCUUGGUAAGAUCCCUCCUCUGCAAAAUAAGGAAAUAGAUGAGAAACAUCAAGUCCAUCCAGCUGUGCUAGUGAUACUUGGAACUCUAAUGCACAAUGCAAUUGCGUGUGCAGUUGCAUGUGAAAUACAUUUGCCAGGAUGCCCUCUUUGGUUGCACUGUCAGAAGACAUUGGACACUUGUUUGAAAUAUUCUAGUGCACUGACUUCAUUAACAUUACAGCAUUGCAGAACUUUGACUUGAAAUUUCCAGUGACUUGUAAUGCUACAAGUGUUCUAUAUUUAGAAAAACAAAACAUUUUAACUCACAAAUCAACUCUCUAUAACUAGUAGAACUUUUAUUUCUUUGAGUAGUGGCUUUCAUUCCAAGGUAACUAUUAACCCACAGAGGAAGUCAUAUUUAUGCACAUUUAUGCCUGAUGUAUGAAAAAAAUAAUUACUACUUGGUAGGAUGAUGUGGAAGAACAAAGGUCAGUAGUUUUAAAAUUUAUUUUAAUUAAAAGUCAUGUUUGCAUAAUCUAGAAACUGCUAAAGGCUGCAAUCCUGUGCAGACUUUCAUUGUACACAGUGAGGAUUCUUUCCAAACCAAACAAACAAACAAAGCAUUUUUGAAUCACAUUAUACAUGUAAACCACCACACUUGUAUUUAAGACAUCCUAGGUCCCUGCAGAGUUACACCAAUUUAAAUACAACCAUGCAUGCUUAAGUAGUGUAUGGGUUACACCAGCCUAGUGCUUUCCACAUGUGCCGGUGCCCCCAUCAUCCAUAUCCAACUUGAAUAAUUGCUGAGGUGAUAGGAGUUGUAGUCCAACACAUCUGGAGAGCACCAGAUUGAGGAAAGAUGGAUUACACAGCUGAAAUGAAAGCGUGAGUAAAUUUUGCAGCUGCAAAAUGUGAAGAUUGUUUUAUAAUAAAUAAUGUAUUGGUUUUACUUGCUAAAGUGAUUCUAUAAACAGGACAAUCCUUCAGUAUGAGUGAAUAUAACACUGCAGCUUAUCUGUUUGGGGGCUAUAAUAUGACUAAGCAUAUAUGUUAAGAAGCACAGCUUGAGAGAUAAUCUCAGUGGGACAGAAACAUGAUUGACGUAGAAUGAACUGUGCAUCUCCUAGAUAACAUAAGGUUACGGUGGUAGCUUCCCCUCAGAAGCAGAGAUACGGUGUUUAUCAAGAUACAACCAUGUCACACUUGGUAGAUGGCCUUACACGAGCUGCUUUGAGCUCAGCUUUGGCCCUUCAUCAGCAAUCCUGGGAUAACAAUGCCAGUUUUAUAUAGCUCCUGUAAGGAUUAUUAUGGAAAGAUCUGUAGGACCCUAAACAAUUGAAUGUGGUAUAUAAAUACUCAGUAUUAUUUAUGUUUUAUUAUCUCAGAUUAUUGAUGAAAAAUGUUUUAAAAUGCUAAGUGUGAGUAGUUCAUUUUCCUGACAAAUGAAACAGAUUGGGAUGGGUGGCAAGCUUUGGAGGAGUUCAUAACCUUAUCUCAAUUACACUUGUGUAAGCCAAGUUGACCUGAAAUUCAGUUGAUAUUGACACUGCCUUGAAAUGUAUGAAAUGGAUUUGUACAGCUGAAUUCAACUUGAAUUAUAUUCAUAGAAUCACUGACUGGAAGGAACUAAGCGAAUUUCCAGCCUUAGUAUCUUGUAUCACACACUGGCACAUCACUUAGAAAUUGACACGCAGGAAUCUCCAGAAUGAUGUUGACAGUCUCUACAACUUUUCUAAGGAAUGGAAAGCUAAAAGAAUGAUAUCAGAGGAGAUACAAAGUUAUGUGGAGACCUGAGUUGGACCAUAAGCAUUUGUGAAGUAGGUGUGGGUAAACCUCCACCUGUUUGUGCCAGAACUCUCAUAAUCUCUCAUUGGAAUUUUAUGCUAAAGCAUCCAUGGGGACAGCAGUCGCAUACCUCUGACAUAAAGUGAUUGAGUUACAAAGGAAAAAUUGUAGCCUAACAAAGAAUUAUUUUUAAAGCAACUAAAAAAAAAUAAAAAGGAUGAGAUAGCCUUCCUUCUUAUAAAGUAGAAAUUUCUUUUAGUUAACUGUUCUUAAUUAUCUCAGCUGGUAUUUUUUUCAGAUAGUGGUUUAUUUUAUGAGUUAGAGUUCACACGGAGAGAAAUUCCAUGUCCUGGUCACCAAAGUGACCACAAAUAUGCUAGUUACUAAGGAUUUCACAUUUUUCCUUUCCUCCUUGUAGAAGUUGUAAUUUUAUGAGGUAAGUUAGGGAUUUUCAGCAUAUUGAUUCUUAACAAUUUCAUUAGCCUACAGUUUCUUAAAGAUUCUUUAAGAACAGCUAUGACAAGUAUGAGUAAAAUGGCAGAAAAUCAGUAUAACUUUAAAUUGUCAAUAUGCUGUGAAUUCUGGUUCUUUUUUCUGUUCCUGCUCAAGGGGUGGCAUCUAUAAACGGAACAUGUUUCUAAAAAUUAGACUUUAGAAUAAGUUUAAAGCCCUGUCAUUCUCAAUUUGCACUCAUUAAAGUUUCAGUAUGUUCAGACAGAAAAAUGGGUAACCAGGGACACCUCCAGGAAUUGUAGGCCUUUCUUCUAUUUAAAUACAAGGCUUCUCCCUAAGAGUAUGUUUUUCUGUCCAAAUAUGCUUAGGAUAACACACCAAAUAGACACCAGCAAUGACUGAAAUCCUAGGUCUGGUCUACACAUAGCCCAGAAUGAAGUGGCUUGGAGAUGAGCAAAUGGAUAGUGGGGGGUUAUAAUCACAUUUGGAAAUCACAAGUGGGAAAACUUCUGUAUGUGGGGAAAUGGUAUGCAGGUAGGAAACACUGCAUUUCAGGGCACUUCAGAGCAUGAAUCUUUCUCUCCAAUGUGUGUACUCCAUCACUGGGUUCUGAAUCAAUAUACAGUUGGGCAUUUUAGAUGUGCGUAUUUCAGCCCAGUAUGGGGAAAUGUUGAGACAUGCCUUGUGUGCUGAAAGCUCCAGGUCCAAUUCCCUGGGGCUGGGAAAGGCUUCUUUCAGAAGCCCCUGCUGGUCAGUUUUGACACUGCUGAGUUAGAUAGACCAAUGGUCCAACUCAGUAUGAGGCAUCAUCUUAUGUUCCUAUGACACUGAACCAGCAUGAAGCAUUUUAGAUGUGUGGAUUACACAUUAAAUGGCUAAUGAGUGAAUGUUCUCUGAAUCUAUUGCAUGUGUGUUAAUUUCAGGUGCCUGCUGCAUUCCUAAUGACCAGAAUGCCUGGAAGUAGGCAGAAAAUGAUCAACCCUAGUGUUCUAACCCGCAUCCUUGGGUAUUUAAUUCAUUAGAAUUAAGAUUUAUAUAAAGAACUGUUUUAUAGUUCUUCAAAGAAAGGGUGGUGUACUUACCAUCCAUUCAAAUCCAAACAUUUUUAAUAAUCUGAAUAAUAUUUUUAUAAGAAAAAUAAGAAAAUCCAGGACCUUCUCACUGGAAGGAAGUUUUCCCUGUUGCUAAUGGAGACCGCCAAUCUCCCAUUGAUAUCCAAACUCAGAAGACCAAAUAUGACCCCACUCUGCGUCCUCUCUACCCUAACUAUGAUCCUUCCUCUGCUAAAGUCAUUCUCAACAAUGGACACUCCACCAGUGUGGAAUUUGAUGACACUGAAAAUAAAUCAGUGCUGAGUGGGGGUCCACUCAUUGGAAAUUAUAGGCUGCGGCAAAUUCACUUCCACUGGGGACCCAGUGAUGACAUUGGCUCUGAGCAUGCAGUGGAUGGAACAAAAUUCGCAGCAGAGGAACCAGCUUCACGUAGUCCACUGGAAUGCAGACAAAUACGCUACUUUUGUUGAGGCUGCUCGCCAGACAGAUGGAUUAGCAGUCAUGGCUGUUUUCUUAAAGUUGGGUGAAUGCAAUUCACAGCUGAAGAAAAUCACAGACCAUUUGGAUGCUAUUAAGGUCAAGGGCAAGCAGCACAGGUUCACCAAUUUUGAUCCUUCCUGCUUGCUCCCUCGGUCUCUGGACUACUGGACUUACCUUGGAUCUCUCACAGUCCCUCCUCUUCUUGAAAGUGUCAUCUGGAUCAUUCUAAGAGAGCCUAUAAGUGUUUGCUCUGAACAGCUAGCCAAAUUUCGCAACCUUCUCUGUACUGGUGAAGGAGAAGCAGCCUUCUGCAUGCUGAAAAACUUCAGACCACCACAGCCCUUAAGAGGCCGGGAAGUGAGAAGAAAUUAAAAGAGAAAGAAGGGAGGAUAAUUCACAGCUAUAGCUGACACCAUUGAGAAAGCAAAACACAGUUUUGAUGCAUUUUAAAAUAGGCUAUAUUCUUAUUAGGAAAUCAUCCAGCCAAUGUGAAGUAUUUUAAAGUCCUAAGAAUGUUGAGAAGAGAUUUAAGUACAUGCACAUGUGCUUAAAGCAAAUUUUAAGCACAUGCUUAACUCUCAUUUGAAACCACUAGAUUGUUAAAUGCUUGAAAAGGUCCUGGAUUGUGCCCCUGAUUUUAAUAGAUAAGUUGAUGUUUCUGCUCAGCUAUUUGCAUCAGUUAUUUAACUUAAUAGAUACUGGUUUGUUGCUGUUUAAUUAUUAUCAAUAAGAACCUAUUACUGAAUAUGAAGAAUAAAAUUGAUAAGGUUAGGUAUGAUUGUAUUACAAGCUAUGCAUUAGUUUACAGUCAGUUAUAGCACAAUAAGCCAAAACUGUGUUCUGUGGUCUGAAUGAGUUUCACACCUUAUGUGAAUGUGUUGUAAUGUUGUAGAGUGGCAGUAUUUUAUCUAGAUUGGAUAGGUCUUGUUAACACUGUCUUAGAUAUAGGAUGGCAUCUUGGGACAGAGGAUUAGAAAUACAUGAUUCAUUUAGUCUCUUUCAACUUGUGUGGGAUUCCAAGCAACGUCCUGGGGAUUGCAGUAAUAGGGAAUCCCCAGCACUUUCAAAAAUGAUAACUCUUAGCAGUGUAGAUACACUGAAACUCUGCUGUUGCAAACCUCAAAUUCCUUUUCUGCCUGUCAUUCCUAAACAUUCACUGCAGGCCCCUGGCCUUUCCAUCUAGCAGCUGGAAGGAAUAUGGGCAAGCUUUUUUCUAACCUCUUUGCCAAGAGACCAAAUCUAAAUAGUAGGCGUGUUUUGAUAGCUACUGAGAUAGUUAAGAAUCUUCACUUCCCUCAAAGUCUGCCUUUCCUUUUAAAUUUCUGAAGACAUUUGUUAAAAUGAAAUCAGAACAUUUUGGGGGAAAAUAACCUUGAAAAAACUGCAGUCUCUAGAGGUCAUAGCUGCAUGCUACAGGUAGAAAUUGUCUAGCUGUUCCAAAGAAAAAGCAAUCAUCCUGCCCCAUAACACCCCUCCCCUGAGAGCUGAGGCUCAGAUGCUCAUAACAGGGAGAUGUAUGGAUACUGCUGACUGAAUCACCCUGAAGUUAGCCAUUGUCAUCUCCUGUAACCCACGACCAAUGAAGUACCUGUGUGUGCACGUCUAUGUAUAAAGCAGGAGCAAGCAAUAUAGUGUCUUCUAGAUGUCUUCUACUACAACUCCCAUAAGUCCUGUCAUUGGUUAUGCUGGUUUCAGCAUUUGUGGGUUGUAGCAGAAAACCUCUGAAGUGCUUCCAGUUGUCUUUCUGUAGUAUACAGGAUAAAUGAAUGUGUGACAGAUUAUAUUUUCAUUCUUUUCCUUUUUAAAAUGCUGAGUUGUGCCUCAUACUUUUAUGUUGUCUGAAUAGCUGCAUUAAGAAGACCCUGUAAGGGGUUCUAAAGAAGUUAUUUGUGUCGGGGCAGGAAGCAGUGAACCUGGGGCUAUUAAUAUAUGUUUUCAUGUUAGAAUUUAAAGAAAGCCCCCAAAAGAUAUAUUUUAAUUUAUUAGUAGUAAAUUGUGUUUGUUCUGUAAGUUUAUAUUUAUGCAAUACUUCCAAUAAAAGCAUUUACAAAUACAAA